AUGCAGCAUCGACAAGAUCCAUCAGUCUGGAGCCUCGAUAAACUAUUGGAUGACAUGUCAAUCGAGUCCAAACACAACAUACACGUUGUUACUCCCAGUAGACUUUCCCAUCACAGCUCCAUUGCAUCCUCGGCAUCGUCUAGUUCGACUCAUUCACGGCAAUCCACCUUCUCCAUUCCCGAGCCGACAUCACCUAUUCGAUCCCAACAUAUCCGUAUCCCAGUAACUCAAUACCAAGUACCCAACGCCUAUGACGACGACGACGACGAACCAUCAAAUACAAGCACUAUUGAACCAAAACAACAGCAUUUUUCAGUGGCAUCAUUUGGGAUGACAUCCAACUGCGCUCGCUUAUUUUUCGAUCAUCCGUGCGAGCACUUGUACGAUGUUGAAUGGAGCGUCCAGAAUAGUAACAACGACACGCUGUUGACCCUGAUGCAAUUUCCAGCUGAUCGAUCAUGCAAAACUGAACUUAUGGCUCUUGGUCAUCGUUUGGGUAUCACCACGCUAUUGAUCUAUACCAACAUGUCCAACUUUGAUUCGCUUUAUACGCAAAUGGAUGUUUUACAGAACUGCAUGCCCGAAGAUAACAACGAUCAAUGGCUACAGCAUCUUUUAUUUGUCUUUGAUCAAUCCAAUACGCCCACAUCCCGCAUGGAACAAGAAAGCAAGCAUGUCAUCGAACGCAUCAUUCCAUAUUUACGCUCACGAUACAAACUCCAUAAAGACCCCGGUGCUGUCUUUGUCACAUCAACGCCAGCAGUCGUUCGUCAUCCACAAUAUGGUGCAACCUACCAAGCACAAUGCAAAAAUGUUCUUUGGGAAGCGAUCAACAAACUGCACAGAGAAUUUGGCCGCUGGCGUCCAAAUAACGAUAGCAGUGAUGACGAUGAUGACGAUGACGAUGACGAUCUACGGUUAUUACAAAUGACAAAACAAUCAUAA